AUGCAUUUUAGGGACUCCCUGGGGAGCAUCUACGAUAUUUCAUUCUCUGUUAAAAUGAAGUUAAAUAUUGAUGGUUUGAUUGUUUACAUGCCAUAUGAUUAUAUUUAUCCUGAACAAUAUUCAUAUAUGCAUGAAUUGAAACGUGGUCUCGAUGCUAAAGGACAUUGUGUUCUUGAAAUGCCAAGUGGCACUGGUAAAACUAUUACUUUAUUGUCAUUAAUUAUUGCCUAUUUGAAGCAUUAUCCACAAAAUUAUACUAAACUUGUUUAUUGUUCACGUACAGUACCCGAAAUAGAAAAAGUUAUGUCGGAAAUGAAACGUUUAAUAAAAUAUUAUGAAAAAGAAACAAAUGAAGAACAAAAAUUUAUUGGUAUUGCAAUGAGUUCACGAAAGAAUUUAUGUAUACAUCCAGAAGUUAGUCAAUUCAGAUUAGGUAAAGAAGUGGAUAGUAAAUGUAUGAAUUUAACAGCAUCGUACGUUCGUGAACAAGCAAAACAUGAUCGUUCAAUAAAAACGUGUUCAUACUAUGAACAAUAUGAUCAACAAGGACGCGAAUUCUUAAUGCCAUAUGGUGUCUAUAAUCUUGAUGAUAUGAAACAAUAUGGAAAACUAAAACAUUGGUGUCCAUAUUUUUUAACACGUUAUAUACUAACACAUGCCAAUGUUAUUGUUUAUUCUUAUCAUUAUCUAUUAGAUCCAAAAAUAGCUGAAAUUAUUAGUAAAGAAUUACCAAAAACAUCGAUAAUUGUGUUUGAUGAAGCACAUAAUAUUGAUAAUGUUUGUAUUGACUCAAUGAGUAUAACAUUGACACGUCGUCUAUUAGAGCGAUGUCAACAAAAUGUUGAACAUUUGAAAGUAAUUGUCGAUGAUCUAAAACAAACGGAUGUUAAUCGAUUAAAGUCAGAAUAUGAAAAAUUAGUUAACGGUCUAAGAGAACAACAACAACAACGUGAAACAGAUGUCAUUUUAACAAAUCCUGUAUUACCCGAUCAUGUUUUACAAGAAUCCAUUCCGGGUAACAUACGUUUAGCCGAACAUUUUCUCGUAUUUGUUAAACGUUUUCUUGAAUAUAUGAAAACACGUUUGAACGUUCAACAUAUUGUUAAAGAAUCACCACCAUCAUUUCUAAAAGAUUUACAAGUACGCGUGUGUAUUGAGAGAAAACCAUUACGUUUUUGUUCAGAACGAUUAAGAAGUUUAUUGAGAACAAUGGAAAUUCGUGAUAUACAUCAAUAUCAACCGUUGGUACUAUUAUGUAAUUUUGCUACAAUUAUUAGUACAUACACAAAAGGUUUCACAUUAAUUAUUGAACCAUUUGGAGAUUCAAAAUCAACUGUUUAUAAUCCCGUAUUACAUUUUACAUGUCUAGAUUCAAGUAUUGCCAUCAAACCAAUAUUUCAACGAUUUCAGUCAGUUAUUAUUACAUCAGGAACACUAAGUCCAUUGGAUAUGUAUCCAAAAAUACUCGAUUUUCAUCCGGUUAUUAUGGCUACAUUUACUAUGACACUGACACGUCCAUGUAUAUUGCCAAUGAUUGUUAGUCGUGGCAAUGAUCAAAUAGCUAUUACAUCAAAAUUUGAACAACGUGAAGAUCAAUCGGUAAUACGUAAUUAUGGUAUAUUAUUAAUUGAAAUGUGUACACAUGUUCCAGAUGGUAUUGUAUGUUUUUUUACAUCCUAUUCUUAUAUGGAACAAAUUGUAGCCACUUGGUAUGAAUUAAAAAUUAUUGAACAAGUACAAAAAUAUAAAUUAUUAUUUAUUGAAACACAGGAUAGUAUUGAAACAUCAUUAGCAUUGUAUAAUUAUCAAAAAGCAUGUGAUAAUGGACGUGGUGCUGUGCUAUUAUCUGUGGCACGUGGAAAAGUGAGUGAAGGUGUAGAUUUUGAUAAUCAUUUGGGAAGAUGUGUAAUUAUGUUUGGUAUACCGUACGUUUAUACACAAUCGAGGAUAUUACAAGCAAGACUGGAUUAUUUACGAGAAAAUUUCCAUAUACGAGAAAAUGAUUUUCUAACGUUUGAUGCUUUACGUCAUGCUUCACAAUGUGUCGGACGAGUAUUACGUGGUAAAAGUGAUUAUGGUAUUAUGAUAUUUGCUGAUAAACGUUUUUUACGUUCGGAUAAACGUUUAAAAAUACCAAAAUGGAUACAAGAAUACUUACAUGAUGGUCUAUGUAAUUUAUCAAUUGAAGAAUGUGUACAAAUUGUUAAAAAAUGGCUAAAAGAUAUGGCACAACCACUAAAACAAGAAGAUCAGUUGGGUAUAUCAUUAUUGGCCGAAGAACAUUUACAAUCACAUGAUGUUAUAAAAAAAAUUGAAGAACGUUGUAUUCAAAUAUGA